AUGCACCUUCCAGGUGAAACAUCUGGGCUAUUUCGGAGUAAAACAAAAAAUCAUCUUCGUCAAGUAUCGUCAUCAUUGAAAGGAUUCUUCUCUUCAAGUGGUGAAAUUAUAAAAGACUCGCAAAUAAUGGCCAAUAUGGUAGCUGAUCAUUGUAAAAGAUUAUUUGAAGCACCUGUAAUGACACGUCGACACCCGUAUGUUGAUGCUCCUCCAGUACAAUGGGAAAAUGCAGCUGAACCUAUACCGACGGUAACUUAUCCAGAAAUAUUAAAUAUUUUACGUUCAAGAAAGAAAAAACAGUCUCUUGACAGUCAUAGACUUUCACCAUUUAUACUUGAUAAAAUAUCACAAAACUAUUAG